AUGUCUCCUCUUAAUGAUACAAACAUUGAAGUUCUUAGAUUCCUCCUUAUUGGAAUCCCUGGAAUGGAGAAGAGUCACAUCUGGAUUUCCAUUCCUCUCUCAUCUGUUUACCUUCUUUCUCUCCUGGGUAACUUUACCAUUCUCUUCUUUAUCAAGACAGAACCGAGCCUCCAUGAACCCAUGUACUAUUUCCUUUCCAUGCUCUCCAUCUCUGACCUAGGGUUGUCCCUCUCUUCUUUACCCACCACUUUGGAACUAUUCCUGUUUGGUGUCCAUGAAAUUCAUGCAGCUGCAUGCUUUGCCCAGGAAUUCUUUAGCCAUCUGUUCAGCACGGAAGCCUCUGUGCUAUCUGUAAUGGCAUUUGACCGGUAUGUGGCCGUGCACAACCCUCUAAGAUACAGCACAAUCUUAACCAGCUCACGAGUUGUCAAAACAGGGGACUUACUGACUUCCAAAAAUGUUAUUUUGAUCCUUUCACUGCCUUUUCUAUUGCAACGGCUGAAAUACUGUCAUCAAAACACGCUGUCACACUCCUACUGUCUCCACCAGGAUGUCAUGAAGCUGGCCUGCUCUGACAACAGAACCAAUGUUGUCUAUGGACUCUGGGCUGCCCUUUCUACUAUUCUGGAUUUGUUGUUUAUUACUUUCUCCUAUGUAAUGAUCUUAAGGACAGUAGUGGGCAUUGCAACUCCCAGAGAGCAGUUCAAGGCCCUCAACAUCUGCAUCUCCCACAUCUGUGCUGUGCUUAUCUUCUAUGUGUCCAUGCUGAGUGUGGGAAUGCUCCACCGCUUUGCCAGGAAGUCUCCUGUGACCCACAUCGUCAUGGCUGACGUGUUCCUACUGGUACCACCUCUGAUGAAUCCCAUUGUGUACUGUGUGAAGACCCGUCAAAUCCGAGAAAAGGUUGUGGGGAAACUUUGUCUGAAAAGAAGCUAA